UAUAUAAAAGCCAAAAACCCAGCGCAAGUCCACGUUUCUCUCUCCGAUUCAUCGCGCACAAAAAUGGAGUCGUUCUUACGAUCCUGGACUGGUCAGGACCCAAACCCUGACGAUUACCGCAACAUUCAGUUCUGGUCCAACCCUGAGCGUUCCGGUUGGCUCAUGAAGCAAGGCGAUUACCUCAAGAAUUGGCGGCGCCGCUGGUUUGUCCUCAAGCAAGGCAAGCUCCUCUGGUUCAAGGACAACCGCGUCCUCAGCUCCUCAAUUCCUCGCGGCGUCAUCCCCGUCGGCAACUGCUUGACUGUGAAAGGCGCCGAAGACGUCCUCAAUAAGCCUUUUGCCUUUGAGCUUUCCACCAGCCAAGACACCAUGUAUUUUAUCGCCGAUUCCGAGAAGGAGAAGGAGGAGUGGAUCAAUUCGAUUGGUAGGUCUAUUGUGCAGCACUCAAGGUCUGUCACUGAUUCCGAGGUCGUUGAUUACGAUAGCAAACGGUAAUUUUGAAGAUUUUUGCUUCUCUUUCUCGUAUAAAAUAGGCACUCUACUUCUUGUUGUUGUUUGGUGUUAUAUUCUCUCUGUGUGCGUGUUUGCGCGCGUGUGCUUGUGUAUGUAAUUGUGGAUCUGUCUGGUUCUUGCUUUCUUUAAUUGGAAGGGCUAUUUGGUUA